CUACGCCGUCCCACGGCCCUUCUCCACUUCGCACCCGUCGCCGCCAUGAAUAUCGUAGAAUGGGCCUUCGGAAAGCGCAUGACGCCGGCGGAGCGGCUGCGCAAACACCAGCGUGCACUCGAGAAGACGCAACGAGAGCUAGACCGUGAGCGCGUGAAGCUCGAGAACCAGGAAAAGAAGCUGGUUGCAGACAUUAAGAAGAGCGCCAAAAAUGGCCAGAUGGGCCCAUUGCGGAUACAGGCAAAGGACCUGGUGCGGACACGACGUUACAUUCAAAAGUUCUACCAGAUGCGCACACAACUGCAGGCGAUCUCUUUGAGGAUUCAGACGGUUCGCAGCAAUGAGCAGAUGAUGCAGUCUAUGAAGGGCGCCACGACCCUGCUUGGAAGCAUGAACAGGCAGAUGAACCUCCCUGCGCUUCAGCGUAUCGCCAUGGAAUUCGAAAAAGAGAAUGACAUCAUGGAUCAACGACAGGAAAUGAUGGAUGACGCCAUCGACGAUGCCACGGGCAUGGAAGACGAAGAGGAGAGCGAGGACGUAGUUAACCAAGUUUUGGACGAGAUAGGCAUUGAUCUAGGGCAGGCUCUUGGCGAAACACCCAGUGGCCUGCAAAAGAACACAGUGCCUGAAACUAGGGUGGCACAGGCCGUGGGAGGUGGAGGCGCUGACCCCGACGACGAUGAUCUCCAGGCUCGGUUGGACAGUCUGAGGAGGUGAACAACGAAAGACAGGUACACGACAAGCAAUAAAUGCACAUGAUUGGGCCAGUAUGUCACAUGACCAGGAGUUGCGGCAAUGGCGCUAUGUAACGGUUGUUGGCUUUUGAUUAGCUCCGGUUACCGUAACGGGAUCACCAUACCAGCACUUGAAAUGAUGUUUUCAUGUGAAGGUGUUUGAUCCAUACUUUCUCUUAAUCUAUCCGUGUAGCAGAGUUUAAUGUUCCGCCUACUACACAUAAAAACAAAAGCCAGUCUCCGGACUAGCUCCAAGUGCGAGGCGGACAUUGAGGCUAGCACUUGCCUAUUACCCCCAAGUCUACCAACUAGUCUGGAUAAGUAGUAAACAUGAUAUGUAGUCCAAAGUGCUACGCACUGCGAAAAGAAGGAUGAGCCUGUAGCCACACUGUUACAACUCCAACCUCUACAGUAACGCCGCUGCUACUACCCAUGUCG